AUGUCUACACGAUGUGCCUAUUGUGAAAAACGAUUUGAAAAUGGUGAUAGAAAAUCAAAAUAUAAUAAUCUUGAAUAUCAUCAAGAUUGUUUUCGAUGUUCAUCAUGUCAUCAACCAAUCAAACAAUCAUUUUAUAAUUUAGGUAAUAAUGAAUAUCGUUGUUCUGAUUGUCAAAAAAAAGAUCAAGUUAUUAUUAAAUGUAAUCGAUGUUCAAAAUCAAUUAAUGAUAGUUCUUAUAUUGAAUACAAAGGUGAACCAAUUCAUGGUGAUUGUUUUACAUGUCAUUCAUGUUUGGAACCAUUAGGUAAUAUGAUUUAUGUUGAACAUGAUGAGCAACCAUAUUGUGUAUCAUGUCAUAUGAAUCAAUUUGCUCAAACAUGUGCUGUUUGUGAACGUCCAUUUCCACCAGGUGUAUCCACAAGAAAAUGUGAUAAUCAAUACUUUCAUAUAGAAUGUUUUCGUUGUUUUCAAUGUGGGAAAAUUAUAUUAUCAAAAAAUUAUUUAGUCAAUAGAGAUCAACAACGUCUCUGCGAUAUGUGUACUUAA